UCCUGCGCAUGCCCAGUAUGCUGCGACCGCAGCCAGGGGACGGCGCCGGGUUGCGCGGGGCCGACUAGACAGCCACCCUACGGCAUGAGGGGCUGUAACCUGGCUUCUCCCUCUUCCUCGCUCCAGGACCAUGGAGUGCUUGCGGAGCCUGACUGGGCUCCUGCCUCACACGGCGGGGCUGCCCCGGCGGACCCUGUGCUCCCUGUCCUUGGGCCUCUGCCCUGUGGCUCGUCCUGUCGUCUCGAGCAGCCGCGCGACCCACUUGCUGGGAAGAAACCGCCGUGCACCGCUGUGCAGGCCCAGCUGGACUCGUGUGGCAGGUGAAGUGCACCGGUUUAGAACUUCUGAUAUUUCUCAAGCCACUCUAGCCAGUGUGGCCCCCGUGUUUACUGUGACAAAAUUUGAUGAAAAAGGAAAUGUUACUUCUUUUGAAAGGAAAAAAACUGAAUUAUACCAAGAAUUAGGUCUCCAAGCCAGAGAUUUGCGAUUUCAGCAUGUGAUGAGCAUCACGACCAGGAACAACAGGAUCAUCAUGAGGAUGGAGUAUCUGAAAGCUGUGAUAACGCCAGAGUGUCUCAUGAUACUAGAUUAUCGUAACUUAAACUUAGAGCAGUGGCUGUUCCGGGAACUUCCGUCACAGUUGGCUGGAGGUGGUCAGCUUGUCACAUACCCUUUGCCUUUUGAGUUCAGAGCUAUUGAAGCACUCCUACAAUACUGGAUCAACACCCUUCAGGGGAAACUUGGCGUCUUGCAGCCACUGAUCCUUGAGACACUGGAAGCAUUAGUGGAUCCCAAACAUUCUUCUGUAGACAAAAGCAAACUGCACAUCUUACUACAAAAUGGCAAAAGCCUAUCAGAGUUAGAAACAGAUAUUAAAAUUUUUAAAGAAUCGAUUCUGGAGAUCCUGGAUGAAGAAGAGUUGAUAGAAGAGCUCUGUCUGACAAAGUGGAAUGACCCUGACAUCUUUGAAAAGAGCAGUGCAGGAAUCGACCACGCGGAGGAGAUGGAAUUGCUGCUGGAAAACUACUACCGGUUAGCUGAAGACCUUUCCAAUGCAGCGCGGGAGCUCAGGGUGCUGAUUGACGACUCGCAGAGCAUUAUUUUUAUCAAUCUGGACAGCCACCGGAAUGUGAUGAUGAGAUUGAAUCUACAGUUGACAAUGGGAACCUUCUCUCUGUCACUCUUUGGACUAAUAGGAGUUGCUUUUGGCAUGAAUUUGGAAUCUUCCCUUGAAGAGGACCACAGAGUGUUUUGGUUGAUCACAGGGCUCAUGUUCAUGGGAAGUGGCCUCAUCUGGAGGCGUCUGCUUUCGUUCCUUGGAAGACAGCUAGAGUCUCCUUUGCCUCCUAGGAUGUCUUCUUUACCUAAAAAGACCCUGCUGGCAGACAGAAGGAUGGAGGUGAAAAACAGCUUCAGGCCGAAUGGAUUUGGAUCAAACAGAAAUAUCCUAACAACACGUUAGCAACAACUUGGUGGAGACUAAAUAUUUUUUUAUACUUCUAUACUUUGUUUUAUAGUCAUACAUUUGGAAAAAAGUCAAUAUUUAAAUUAUAAUAUCUGCCAAUGGUGUGGCAGUCACAGUACUAGAAACUGAUUGCAUUUCCAGAGCUCUGAGCAAACAGCCAAGUGCUUGUUCUAUGUAAGGCCAAAAAUCACUUCCUACAUACUUUAGUUUUUAUAGAUAGGGUGUGGGACAUAGAGAAUAAUUUAAUACAAGAAUAGAUUUAUAUAGACUUUAUUUAAUUUAUAUGUAAAGAAAAGUGCAAUCUCAUGCUGACCAAAACCUCGAAGUUUUCAAACCCAUAGCUUCUGAGGUCAGGUACUGGCAACUCGUAGUAGAGAAAUCUUACUACAGGGAAUCCAAGUGAAUUUCCUUAGUUGCCUCAAGUACUAGCAUAAUACUUGUUGCCCUUAAACUCUGGAAGUUUGUGCUUUAAAAACCAUCCUGGGCAUAACCUUUCCUUGAAUGUUUUAUAAGUGAGCCUUUACCGUGAGUGCUAAUACUUGAUACCUUGAAAAGGGAUGUUCUUAUAGAAAAUGUAUUAAAAGGUUAUGUUAUUGAUCAUAUCUGUGUAGCUGUCCUUACAGCCUGUCAGAGUUAGAAACUCUGCCCCCUUUUACAUAUAUAAGGUAAGUAAAAAGAUAGAAAGGAUAAUCAGCAUUUCACUUUAUUUAUCCUUAUUUUUCUUUGCUUGGUGAUAAAUAGAGCCUUUGAAAGUAAAGUGGAAAGGAAGUGUUUCCAUUCUAUUACUGUUUAUAGCAAAUUAGUUGAUUUUCUGAUUUCUUUUUUUUUUUUUAUUUUGUUUUUCUGAUUUCUAAAGAUGUUUGAAUUGUCUUGCCCAAAAUGAAAGUGUAGAUAGCUCAGCUAAUCUAUAUGUAUAUACUUCAGAAGUUAACAGAUGGGCUUCGUAAAACAAGAGGACAUCUAAAUGUUAGCAUUCUGGUACUUUUAUUUUCACAGUAAGUUAGGUUUAAAACAAAUGGCUAAUAUUUAUAAGUCUGAAAACUGGUUUUGGAGGAUGUCCUUGUUUUGUUUUGUUUUUAGUACUGGGAAUUGAACUCAGGGCCUCGUGCUUGCUGAAGACUGUAUCUUACUUAGCAUCUUACCUUAACAUUUUAUAUUUUCUGGAGGUUUGGCACAGUCACAUUAGAAUGUUACAGUUAAACGUGCCUUCAAAAGUAGUGUGUACUGCAGAGUCUAGAAUGACCAAAGCAGCCCUAUGCUACACAGGCAGGAGUGCAAGAGGAUAAAUAGCCCUGCCCUGAUGGUUCUGAGGGUAUCCUGUCACCCUAAUGUGAUAAGGAAGUUUAGGGGUCCAUUUAUGGGGUAGUUCAGUGAGAGGAGCUGAUUUGAAGCAACAUAAAGUGACAGCUAGAGUUCUCCAACCCUGGUGGCUGCGGGAAGCCGUUUGAGGGAGGCUGGAGACUGCGUGGAUGAAACAGGUUGGGCUGGCCGUGGCCUCGCACCUCUGUGGGUCAGGACACUGUCAAGGUAGGGAUGCUGCAGUGGGAAUAUGGGUUUCCGGCAGCGCUGUAAAUCCUUCUGAUGGUUAGCAAGAUCACCUUGGAGAACAUAUGGACUUAAUUUUAAAACACUGCACUAUUUUUGGCCUUAUCACUGUAAAGCAAUAAUACUGUGAUCUAUGAAGGCUUGGAAUCCCAGAGGGCAGUGUUUAACAUCAGGCCCAGGGUGGAAUUUUUGUCCUUUUCCUUUUCUGGUUAAUGAGCUCGGGUGAAAUAAUUUUAAUUGGUCAUGUCCACUAUAAAAGUCAUAUAACUACCUCAGAAGUCCGAUAAAUGGAAUAUAUGAAUACUUUUUUAAAUUACUGAAGGUGGUUAGAUCAGCAGUGAUUUCAAAAUGUCACUGAGCUCUGCUUCCUGAUUGCAGAGUACUGCUUACAGUACAGUUCUGGUGGAGAAUAAAACAGCCGAUGCUAAAUAACGCAGCAAACUGAUUGUAAAUUUUGAAGUAGAAAAUUUCAGUACUUCAGAGGUGGUGAAGUGCCGAACACUGGAGUAUGUGAAGAAGCGGGCAGUUUAAGUGUAAACCUAACAGUUUUAACAGAGUGCGUCUCUAGUGGGCUUCGGACCCAGUGUGGGCAGAACUGAUACCAUUUUGGUAUGCUGUUCGUUACCUCAUGCUUCGUUCUUGAUAAACAAGGACUGUGAAAUAACUAUUAAAGGAUUUCACAUUAAAAA